UCCGUGUGCGGCAGCGACCAGCACAACGCCCGUGUCCGACCGACCACACGCACACACUGCAGCCAUGAAGGCGGUGCUGGCCAUUCUGGUGGCCACGGCCGCUUUGACAGCGGCGUCUCGCUUCGGAAUGCCGUAUGGGCGAGCCGUUUCUCCAGACGCGCAGGAGUGCUGCCAGGACGGGGUGCCGGUGUGCUCGCAGCUGAGCCGGCGGCUGCGCAUCCCCGACCUGGGCUGCGAGCUGCUGUGCCGCGCCCAGGGACACCCCGGCUCGCUGGGCUGCAGCUACCGCCCGCCCGUGCCCGCCUGCGGCUGCCGCAACGACGCCGCCCUCUCCACGGCGCCGCCUCCAGAGGCGGAGGCCGACUACGCAGCGCAGCCGGAGAUGCGCAUGCUCGGCGGCAGAGCACCAGACCUCAGAACUCUGCCGCGUACGAGAUUCUAAUAAGGGACUUCAUCUUGUAUCUAUAAUUUUCUGUCCUGGCAGCAUAUACGUCGUCAAAUGAUAAAACUUACUUCAUACGGUUUCAGCUCAGUAGAUGAGACAUUCAGCAGCUGUUAGUUUUAACUAAUGAGGAAGAAUGUUGCUACAUCUAUUUAUGUGUCCUACUGAACUAAAUGAGAUGAACCUGCUUUAACAUCCCAACCCAGCACUACAUAUCUCUUCAAAAACGGUUCACCUUUCCUUAAUAGCUACAGGUUGGUAAUCGAUAAUCUGGUACUGGUCUUAAUUGUAAAACUGUCCAUUUUAUUAAGUUAAUUAAGUUUCAAUAAGAACUGCUGCAACAGUUAUUUAGCUAUACAAAAUCAUUUGACUUUCCUUAAUAGCUAUGCGUUGGCAAUCGAUUAUCUGGCACUAGUGGCAAUUAAAAAACUGUGCGUUUUAAUAGUGUAAUUAAAUUUGAAUUACAACCUCUGUAUCAGUUAUUUAACUCAACAAAAGGAUUCUAUCAUCCAUUCUGAGCAAAGGCACUUUUUCUAUCCUUUCUGCGUCCAAGCAGUAGCGUAGUGUGAAGUCUACCUUUUUUUUCGCUUGUUUAAAUUGUUUUUGGGAAAUACUUCACAAUCUCUUACAAACUUGGGCUACACCGACGAAACUCAGCAGAGCUACCUGAUCAAUUGAAAUCCAAAUUACUGUAAAAAUCCUUAAAGAAGAAAGCACACUGUAUUAUGGUAGUUAUUAAAUAGAUUUUAAAAAUACUGUCAAGUUGCUCAAAAAUAUUCACUUGUUUUUGUGAAUUUCUUUAUUGUUGAAAAUUUUGUAUUUGUGGGGACCCACAGCUUCCAGAUGCUUAAUAAACGUAAACAUGGUCUGUA